AUGACUAAGAAGACAGAGUCCGGGAUCAAGCUGGAGCGGCCGCAGAAGGACAAUCGCCAGUCGGGGCGAUCGCAUGACGAGAACAGAGAGCGAGCAUUCAUAGCUGCCUCGCGCCGGAGAGAUCGGGACUUGGAUGCGCGACUCAAAUCUGCCUUGGAUGCCAGUGAGAUACACAAGAAGCGGACAGGAAAGGCACUCCGGAUCACCCGCGAGAUUGUCGAGAACGAGGAGAUGUACGAAGAGGAGGAGCCCGAGCUGCAUCGCCGCAAGGUCCUGGGCGUCCCUUCUUCGACGGGCGGUCCGCAGCCCGACCCCGGCAAACGGGUGUGCGAGCUGAUAGCAUCGUCCGACCAGGAAUGGCGGCAGAGUGCCAUCAACAUGCUCUUUGCACGAUCCUUUCCCAAGUACGAGCAGCAGGCCCAGACCAUGAAUACCCAGACCAUGAGCACACAGUGGUACCAGCCACAGCCUGCGCUGCAGCAUUCGCCGGUGCAGACAUCCGAAAUGGUUUCCUCUCCUGACGUGCAAAGGCACUUUUCUCUGCCCAUGAUAUCUACGUCUCAUAUGGUGGAACGGACUCCUAGCCUACCGGUGCAGUCUCCCUGGAUGGACCGAGCUUCUCACAUUGUACCGACUUCACCUCCGCAGGCACCUUCUCCUCUGGCCAUGGGCCAGACUCCUGAGGGAAGCCCUGAGGGCCGGACUCCCGAGACGACGCAGAUGACCGGGAUGUUCCAUACCUCUCCGCCACCACAGUAUGCGGACCUGUAUCCUCAGUCCGUGGAUUCAGGCUUCAAUACCCCGUCGGCCGAGAUUCUGGGCGAUUUUGACUUUUCACCAACCACUGAGACGGACAAGUACUCAUCCGAGUCACCAAUUACUCCGGACGACCUCAUCUACCUCAACCCGGCGCAGUUGCACACUCUGUCCCAGGUGAACACAUGUGCUUGCAACCCGGCUUGGAAUCAGACCUGCAAGGCCUGUAAGGGUGACUGGGAUCCUUUGCCAUGGGAUUAA